CUGCGCGAGUCUGUUCGUCCACGUAUACCGGCUCAGGGACAUGAAAGAAUAUUAAACGAAUCAUCUAGACCAUCGGUAUCCGACGUUCCUUCAGAUGUUAAAAUCAUUUAUGAAGACAAUGAUGGCAUUGUAGUUUGUAGGCCUAGUCAUGUUGAACCCAACAAAGAGCAUCGAGAAAGUGUGACAGAUGAGACAAAAGCAGGCAGUAGUAUAGCUAAGUGCGCAAAAACUGGUGAUAAAACAAAUUUAUAUUCAUGCUCAGAUGAGCACCCUUCAGAUGAAAAUAUUCAAAACAAAAUUGAAGUUGCAGCCGAUUUAGUUCGAUCAAAUCAGUCAGGUCCUUCGCAAAAGUCUGAAAUUGUAUCUGGUUCCCGACGGAAUAUUCAGGAGGGUUGUUUACGUUCACGUUUAGGCAGUUAUGCCGAUAUUCUUCGUACUGUUGUUAUGCAACAGAUCAUUGAUUCCGGUGGUUCUGUGAAUAGUGUCGAAUUAGAAGAUGUAGAAGAUGAUAUGUAUGGUGAUGAAAUUGCUUUUGAUGGUAAUGAAGAUGAUUGUGAUGAAGAAUAUGUAAAUGGCUUCUCUGUUGAAGCAUUAGCGCAAGCAGCAGUUGCUCUUCACAGACAGUCUAGUGGAGGGAGCACUGAAUCAAAUAGAGAUUUGAAGCUUAGUUGGAAACAGGUUGUGAGAGGUGAAGCUGGAAGAUUAAUUGAUGAUCGGGGUUUUCAUAUUUCAAAUUCAACAGCUGAUCAAGGUAAUGGAAAAUGUAAUCGUAACUGGGAUGAUGAAUUCGUUUUAAGGCAUCAACUUUCGGCUUUGAUUCCUGCUUUUGAUCCUCGUCCAGGUAGAACGAAUGUUAAUCAGAUUCAAGAAGUUGAAUUACCACAGAGUAGAGAGUCGCUAAUCGAAAUGGCUGGUCCAUCUUGCAGUCCAGUACAGCUUGUCAAAGCAGAAGAACCAAAGUUACGUUUAUAUCUUCGUGGGCCCAAUUUAACGAGUAUUAAUAAUAUUACUAUCGAAUUAGAUCGUGAUGAUAAAUCCAUAUUUUACUAUCUUCAGCAACUUGUUCAAAGUAUCGAGUGGGGCCAAAAAAAUGAUAGAACUCGACGUAUUUGGGAACCAACAUAUACAUUAAUUUAUGGAGAUAUGUCUGAUAGCAAUGAGCUUCCUAUAACCAUGAACAAAAGUGUUGAAGAAAAUAAUCGAAUUCCUGAGAAUAUUGUUCGUACUCUGUCAGUUAUUUCAAGAUUAUAUCAAAUUGCUGCUAACAUCAGCGAAUAUGAAAUAAGCUCAGAUAUUUUUGUUAGCGAGAAACUGACUCUGAAACUAUUACAAGAGCUAUCGGAUCCAUUGAUUGUUUCCUCAAGAGCUUUACCAUCUUGGUGUGAUGAGCUGAUUUUCAACCAUCCAUGUCUGUUUGCUGUUGAAACAAGAAUUAAUUACUUCCGGGCUACAGCUUUUGGUGCUUCGCGUUCGAUUGUUUGGUUGCAAACUCGACGCGAUCAGAUGCUUGAGCGUUCUCGUGGCUCAGCAGCUACUGUACCACUGUCCAGCCUUGCCAGUACUCGUAGGGAUGAUCAUUAUCCCGAAUUCCGUUUAGGUCGAAUCAAACAUGAACGUAUCAAGGUACCACGUAGUGAUGAGCAUCUUUUCGAAUAUGCUGUACGAUUGAUGCAGUUUCAUGCUUCAAGAAAAGCUAUUUUAGAAAUUGAAUAUAUCAACGAAGAAGGGACUGGAUUAGGACCAACACUGGAGUUUUAUGCUCUUGUUUGCAUUUAUGCUUUUUUAUAUGACUCUCUAGCUUUAUUUUCUACUUCUCAUACUCCUAUUGCUGCUGAGUUCCAGCGCAAAAAUUUAGCAAUGUGGAUUUGCGAUGAUAUAGAUACAGAUGAGACGAUGGAGAUAGAUCUCGGAAAGGGUAUCAAACCACCUGGAUACUAUGUUCGUCGAUCUGGUGGACUUUUCCCAGCCCCAUUACCAGUUUCUUCGGCUGAGAAUUCACGAGUUUCUGAGCUAUUUCGAAUUUUGGGUAUAUUUCUCGCAAAAGUACUGCAGGAUGGUCGCCUAGUCGAUUUACCGCUUUCGCAACCGUUUUUAAAACUGAUGACUAGUUCUCAAAUAGCAGAAGAAGAGAUGGAUCUAAACGGUGUGCUGGAUUUGAGUGAUUUGGAAAAUAUAUCACCAAAUCAAGGCUAUAUACUGAAAAAGCUCGCUGAAUACGUUGAACGAAGAAAGUCACUUUCAAAUUAUGAUGGACAAAACAUACAUAUUCCGCAUCAAAAAGACAAGCAGUCCAUGUUAUGUAUCAGUGGCGUAGAGUGUAGUAUUGAAGAUUUGUCUUUAACUUUUUGUAUUAAUCCGUCAUCAACAGUAUUCAACUAUAAAGAGAUGGAAUUGAUUGAAAAUGGUGCAAAUAUAGAUGUAAACGCUGAUAAUGUAGAACAAUAUAUUGCAGCAUACACUGAUUUCUAUUUGAAUUCUGGCAUUGUAAAUCAGAUAAAAGCAUUCCGCGAAGGUUUUGAUCUUGUUUUUCCUUUGCGAAAUUUAAGAAUGUUCACACCGAAGGAGUUGCAGUCUCUCCUCUGUGGUGAACAAUGUCCACAGUGGACACGUGAAGAUAUUAUCAAUUUUACUGAACCAAAAUUGGGCUACACCAAAGACUCACCUGGUUUCUUACGUUUUGUUGAUGUUUUAGUUGGAAUGAAUGCGAGUGAACGCAAGUCAUUCUUACAAUUUACGACCGGUUGUUCUUCGUUACCACCAGGUGGAUUAGCGAAUUUGCAUCCACGUUUAACAGUUGUUCGAAAAGUAGAUAGCGGUGAUGGCAGCUACCCAUCUGUUAAUACGUGUGUCCACUAUUUGAAGCUACCCGACUAUACUUCGACGGAGAUAAUGCGUGAGCGUCUUAUCACUGCAACCAAUGAGAAGGGUUUCCAUCUAAAUUGA